AUGGGGUCGGUGGGAGCCGCCGAGCGCUUCAAGGAGCUGAGCCCAGUGGGGACGCCUGAGGGAAACGUGGUGAUGAGCUUCAGCUUCGACAGCUACCAGCUGGAGGAGGACGAGCUGCAGCGGGGCAGCCAGGCCAAGGGUGUCCUCACCUUCAUGGAGCCGGCUACUGAGGAUCCCGAGCCCCAGGAUCGCUACCAUGGGAUUUACUUCGCCAUGCUGCUGGCCGGGGUGGGAUUUCUUCUGCCAUACAACAGCUUUAUCACCGACGUGGACUACCUGCACCACAAAUACCCAGGGACCUCCAUCGUCUUUGACAUGAGCCUCACCUACAUCCUGGUGGCCUUGGUGGCCGUCAUCCUCAACAACGCGCUGGUGGAGCUGCUGAGCCUGCACACCCGCAUCUCUGUGGGCUAUCUCUUUGCCCUGGGACCCCUGCUCUUUGUCAGCAUCUGCGACGUCUGGCUGGAGCUCUUCACCCGCCGGCAGGCCUACGCCAUCAACCUGGUGGCCGUCGGGGUGGUGGCCUUUGGCUGCACAGUGCAGCAAUCCAGCUUCUACGGCUACACGGGGCUGCUGCCCAAGCGCUACACGCAGGGGGUGAUGACGGGAGAGAGCACCGCCGGAGUCAUCAUCUCGCUCAGCCGCAUCUUCACCAAGCUGCUGCUGUCGGACGAGAAGGAGAACACGGUCAUCUUCUUCUUCAUCUCCAUCGGCAUGGAGCUGACGUGCUUCAUCCUCCACCUCCUGCAAGGGACGGGCUACCGUGUCCACCACGACGUCACCGCCGAGGACAUCCGAUUUGAGAAUCGGCCCCAGGGGCAGCUGAGUUCCCCCCAGGGCAGCCCUGGCCCCGAAGCUGAGCUGGCUGGCAGCGGGACCUACAUGCGCUUUGACGUCCCUCGGCCCAAAAUCAAGAGGAGCUGGCCCAGCUUCAGAG